AUGCAUUGUCAAGCAAAAAGGUUCUAUCAUGAGCUUAAAGGAUUUUGCUGUUCUGAUGGAAAGAUUUGCUUGGUCUCCAAUGGUGUUCCUGAUGAUCUCUAUAGCCUGUUCACUUCUAAUUCAGAAGAAUCAAUAGAGUUUCUCAAAUAUAUUCGUACUUACAAUAGCACAUUUGCAUGCACAUCCUUUGGUGUCAAAUAUGACCAAAAUUUUUGUAAAAGAAACAAGGGCAUAUACACAUUUAGGGUUCAAGGCCAAGUGUACCAUUAUAUAAAUGACUUACUGCCAUUAGAUGAUCAUCCUUCAUACUUGCAAUUGUAUUUCUAUGAUACUAAACAUGAAGUACAAAACAGGCUAUAUAAUUCAAAUCGAUUAAAGCCAUCCAUUUUGAUCCAAAUAAUAGAUAUAUUAAAAGUAAAUCCAUAUUGUGCAUUCUUUCGUUCUCUUAAGAAUAUACCAACUUUGAAAGAUCUCUGUAUUCAUAUAAGAUCAGAUGCUGCAUUAGACCAAUGUGUCUAUAAUACUCCUUCAGCUUCACAAGUAGCUGCAAUAUGGGUCAAAGAUGAUAGUUCAAGAGACUAUAGUAGUCGGGACAUUAUUGUUUAUAGUCAUUCUGGGAGUAGUCAUAGGGUACAAUACUACUUUGGUUGUUAUGAUCCUUUACAAUAUCCUUUGUUAUUCCCUUAUGGAGAUACUGGUUGGCAUCAAGGAAUACGAAGAGUUGAAAAGGGAAAGAAAUAUUUGCCUUCUGAAGUUGAAGUACUAAUUAAUCCAUGUGAAUCAAGCUUUGCCACAGAACUAAUUAACAAGGAAAUGAAAGGUGAACCAAGGGAUAUGCGAAAGAGGUACAUAGAUGCAAUGGCAUUGGUGCAGCGCUUUGGAAAACCAGAUAUUUUUCUCACUAUGACAUGCAACCCAAAUUGGGAAGAAAUUAAACAAGAAUUACGAUUAGGAGAAGAAGCACAAAAUCGACCUGAUUUGAUUGCCCGAGUCUUUAGAGCAAAAUUAGAGGAGCUGAGAAUUGAAUUAUUUAAGAAACAAAAAAUUAUUGCACCCGAAACAUUUGAUGAUAUUGUAUCAGCAGAACUUCCAAACAAAGAUAAAAACCCACACCUAUAUUCAGUUGUUGUGAAGCACAUGAUGCACAGUCCUUAUGGUGCUCUUAAUCCGGAGAACAUAUGUAUGAAAAAAACUGGUCGAUGCAAGAACCAUUAUCCGAGAGAUUUUUGUGAGCAAACUACUGUAGGCAAUGAUUCAUUCCCCAAAUAUAGACGCCAGGAUGAUGGUGCAAGCAUUAAGGUCAAGGGAAAAGAUUUAGAUAACCGUUGGGUUGUACCAUAUAAUGCUUACCUGCUUGCAAAAUUUGAUUGCCAUAUAAAUGUAGAGAUAUGUUCAACAAUCAAAGCGGUUAAAUAUCUAUACAAAUACAUAUAUAAGGGGCAUGAUCGUGUUGCUUUCUAUGUUACUCCAGAAGAUAAUUCACAAGAUAUAGAUGAAAUUGAAAGAUUUCAAUCAGCACGUUGA